CCAGCCUUGCGACUCCGAUUCGUCCAAGGCCAAAAAUUAUGGAAUGAACAGAUCUCAUUUCGUCAACGUCGCAUGCUCUCCACGUCUCCACGUAGACAUGUAUUUGACACCUCUUGACGGCUUUGACACUCAGUUGCUCCGACCUCUUUUCCGAUCUGGCCAUCGUUCAUCCUAGACUAUGAGGUCGCCGUCAAGAUGGGGGUUAUGGGCCGACACUUUGUCGACCUUUUCGAGAAAGAUCAGUGGUUCAACCUACGGCUGGUACCGUUCAUCUUGAUCUGGGCUGCUUUUGGAAUUGUGUUUUCGGUAUGGCUCUUCAUAACACUCUUCGUGCCGAACCCCAGAAAACCGCUGCCCUCCGAGAAACAAUUCACAACGGUCGACAAGGCAGGCGACGUUACCGACCCGGAACCUCUACCAUGCUGGUACGACGACAUCCUGCGCAAAUACGUCCAGGCCCGCCGCGAAGAGCCCAAGCGUGAAAUUGAACUUGAAAAGGAGAUCGACCCGGCCGAACUGUUUAUGACGCUCGUCGUGCCCGCGUUCAAUGAGGAGGACAGACUUUCGGGCAUGCUGGAGGAAGCUGUCAACUUUCUCGAAACAGAGUACGGACUAUCAAGAGGAGACCAGAACACAGGUCUAGACACGCUCGUCGAGAAGCCUGCAUCUACACAAACCGAAGCCUCUGCAACAACGACCACUACACCCCGCCAGCGCAAAUCCAAAGCCGACGGCGCUGCCAAACCCCCGGCGCAGUCGCUACGAGGCUGGGAAAUCCUGCUCGUCGACGACGGCUCCACCGACGACACCAUCCUCACGGCCCAGACGUUCUCGCGCCGACACAUCCUCCCCGCUCACCCGCGCCGCGACUCGGGUCCCUGGACACAUCGUUCUCCCCAGGGCGUAUCGAUCCCGCCCGGCUCCAUCCGCAUGGUCAGCCUCACCGAGAACAGAGGCAAAGGCGGCGCCGUGACGCACGGCAUGCGCCACGCCCGCGGCCAAUAUGUCCUGUUCGCCGACGCCGACGGCGCCAGCAAGUUCUCAGACCUGUCCAAGCUACUCUCGGCCUGCCAACGCACCGAAGACGACGCCGGACGUGCCGUGGCCGUCGGAUCCCGUGCACAUCUCGUCGGGUCCGAGGCGGUUGUGAAACGCUCCAAACUGCGCAAUUUCUUGAUGCACGGUUUCCACUUGCUGUUGAGGUUCAUGACACCGCCUGCCACGGCCAAGAUUGCGGAUACGCAAUGCGGGUUUAAGCUGUUCUCGCGCCCCAGUUUGCCGUAUAUCAUCCCCCAUAUGCAUAUGGAAGGGUGGAUUUUCGAUGUCGAAAUGCUCAUGUUGGCCGAAUUCAGCGGCAUCCCCGUCGUAGAAGUGCCCGUCGGGUGGAGGGAGGUUGUGGGGAGUAAGUUGAAUGUUGUACGGGAUAGCAUUGGGAUGGCUUGGGGUUUGGCGAUACUGCGGCUGUGUUGGGGCACGGGGAUAUAUAGGCGCUAACAUGUCGACUGGCUUUGUCUUGUUUGAUACUUGUGUGGCAAAGACUGAGGCGAAGUGAACCACAGGAUAAGGGACUAUCUGCACGUUGUGGUAUACAGAGUCGGUUAGAAAACCGCUCUGGUGAUUGGGGACUCCAGGGUGUAGGUGUCUGGUUCCAAAUGCGAAAAGCAUGAAUAGAAUGGGUCACUGUUUUGGGUAUACACUUGCAUUUCCCGGGGAAUUGUAAAACGAUCGAGACGUGUUCGACAAACACGUCGAAAACCAAGUCAGCCUUGCAGCUCGGCAC